UGAGACAAUUGAAGUUUGUUUACGCACAUCAAAACCAGUGAGUUGGUGUAUACUUGAAUCCUAUUUAGUAGUUACUGACCAAGUGUCCAUCAUGUGCCGCGACGAGUUUCGUUUAUCUCAAGUCAAAUUGUAUCAUUCUGACGCCAAAGAUUUCAUCCGAUCACUGUGGCUCCCAGCUGCCCUGGUGACGGCAUAUCGCUGUGUUUUUAGCGCGUAUUGCUUGGGUUGGAUCAUAUAUAGCGGUUUCCAUCCCGCUAAUGGCGCAGAAAAAUGGUUCAUCUAUUUGACAAACUGGGCUUUUACCUUUGUGACGAUGUAUUUCUUGUGGGCUUCUGUUGUCAGCGUUCUGCAUCACUUUGGAAUCACAAACAACCAGGUGGACAUGCAAAUGAAGGCUAUUGGCAAUCAUGACAGUGACGCAGAGGGAGGAGAAGGCCUGGGCGAUAGUGUCCAUAAAUCCGCAGUGAAGAUGUCGUGGUAUCACAAGGGAUUAUGGGUCGUUUUUAACAUUGCUGCCAAUACCGCCAUUAUGGUGACCCUUUUGUACUGGACACUAAUUUUUGGCGGCACAACCAGUGGUCUGGAUGUGAGUACCCAUCUGAUAAACAGUGUUAUGAUUGUUGCAGACAUAAUGCUGAGCUGCGUUCCUGUCAGAAUUCUCCAUGUUGUCUAUCCACUGGUCUUGGGUAUUUGUUAUCUGUUGACAACUGUUAUCUUUUGGGCAGUUGAUGCGACUAACGCUCGUGGUGAGCCAUACAUCUAUUCCUACAUAGAUUACAACAACAGCCCGGGUUUUUCAAUCGGUCUUGUGUGCGGCUUUAUUCUAGUUGGGCAGCCUGUGGUUCAAAGUCUCCUUUUCGGUUUGUACAAACUACGCUGUUUUCUGGGCCUGAAAUGUGGCAAUAAAUCGUAACCGAAAGCUUUAUAUGAACAGGACUUCAUUACAAUAGUUAUACCCAAUCGCUUUUCAUCAAGAUUGUAGUACAAUUUAGUGAUUAAAAAAUGUCACGAGACAAAUAUUUAUUUCCAAGUAUUGUUUGAGAUAC